AUGUUCGCGUCUGGAAUGAAGUUUUCAUUUCGCUCUUCGGCGCGACAAACUGCGAGGCUUAAUUUGAUGGAAAAGGCUGGAGCUGGGGUUGUCACGUGGAAGCCACACAAGCAUACGCCCAAGAAUCCUUCAAUAUUUGACGAAUUGAACUUUCUUUGCGAAAAGCUAGCCGAUUGGGAAGAUCAAAACAAGCGGCUAAUCAUCUUUGAAAACUGCGAGCUUCUCUUUCAAGAUAUGGAGACAGGAUCAUCAAAGUGCUGGCUCGAAAAUCUCGCUGUUCUUCAUGACUAUGAUCUGAACGAAAUCGAAGAGAUUAUCUACCAGGGACACUCUCUUAUCAAUCAGGUUUUUCAGCUUACGAUUCCAUCAGUCUAUAUCAAACGUCAACCAACAUUUGGCUACGGAAUGUCUCUUUCCGGGGCAACAACGCUUUGCUUGGACGCAUCCAAGCCAACGAAAAACAUGCACAUCGGCCAUUUUCAAGCUCCCGGGAUGACUUUCUUCGCCGAUUGGAAAGAGAAGCUCGACGUUUUGUCGUCUGAAUUGAAGCCUAUUCAGGCUCGACUGCUGCGCGCUUCUCACCACGGCCAAGAUGAUGUCCACAACUCUAUCGAAAAACUCGUGAUUCAAUACCCUGGUACAAAGCUCAUGCAGAGCGACUAUCAUCGAUACGCUCCAACUUCAAGCGUUGGCUGCACCAACGUUCAACUGACGGAUACGCUUGGAUACGAGUACAGAGUGGCGCUAGAAUCACUCGAGGAGCAGAAACGAACAGCAUUCGACUCGUUCAACGCUCGGCACCAAUCACAGCAGUCCAACUACUUCGGUGGACUCUUCUAUUAA